CUCUGUUGCCGUCGGGAGUGGACGUGCGAAAAUCGGCCAAAUAGGCGACUUCAAGCCAUCAGAACGCAUCCAUCAAACAUUUAUUGCGUUUAUGCGAUGCACUUUUCACGCACUGCGUUUCAUGAAAAGUGUCAACACGCGUGUGCAUAAACGAAAACAAACGUUCCAAUGAAAUGCGUGAAAGGGUGAGUCGCAACCCUGGAAGCUCCGAGUGAUUUAGGUGGCAACUCCGUCCGCAAAUGAAGAACAAAUUGAACAAGUCGUUAACUGGUUGAAUCUCGCCUUGUCGGCGUUUGAACAUAAGACGUCCCAGAUUCCCACCUGACAUUCCACAUAUCGCUAACCCACCCCACACGUCCGAGUAAUUUUAAAUUCCAAUGAGCCAAGCUAAAUAAAAUAGAACGGCACAAGCCACAAACACACCCACCACCACCCCAAACAAACCACCCACCCACCCGAGCAACCACCACCCACCAAACCCAAAAGGAAUCACCUUGAGAACGGCGUAGGGUGACAAUACAUAGGUGGAGCAGGGCCGGAAGUGGGCCACCAAAUCAACAAGUCGUAAAUUAGCCGAGCACUAGGUACUACUGAACCCACACCCAGGAACCACUACCAGGUGGAUAAAUGGGGCGGCGCAAGGACAAACCGCGGGUGAUUCCCGAACAGGAUGCGCGCAUCUGUCGCGCCAUCUGCCUGUGCCAGCUGACCAUGGUGCUGUCCUGCGUGUCCAUCGUCUACCUAAGCGUGGCCAUCUACUCGCCCUCCCUAAAGGCCUUCAAGUCCGGCUUCGAGCUGGAUCCCGUCAUGUGCCAGACGGUGGAUCGCCAGAUGCCCAACAACUGCCCCUGGGCAUCCUGCGGCGAGUGGUGCCUGACCAAGACCAGUGGCUUUUGCCCCCAGAUCCACUCAAUAGUGCGUCGCAACGGCACCGAUAUCCAGCUGAACAACUGCACCAGAGUCACCAACACAUCGUGCGCCAUGAUUGACCUGAGUCGGCUGAACAAGUUCAAUUGCAACAACGGCACCGCCUGCAACAAUAUCAGAGGCGUCUUCAACUGCUCCAAUGGACACUGCAAGAAUAUGUCGGAGUUCUUCUUGUGUCACCACAAAGCCGAUGGACUUACGGUCAAUUCGCAGAAGGAUAACACCAAGCUGAAUGGAUUCUUCGAGUGUCACGGGGUGCACUGCACCAAGAUCAAGAAGCCCUUCAGCUGCGAUCGCUACUGUUCCAAGAUAACAACUACCAAUGUGAACACCCUUAUUAUGCACGAGGAUAAUCUUAUUGCCGCCGAUUGUGAGAACGCAGUGGCUUUCAACCAAGCCCGAGGAUCCGAGCACGGUGUGCGUAUCGAACCCUUUGAGUUUUGGAAAGAGGAUGAUGGCAACCUGCUGACCAACUGCGCCACAGUCACAAGAGAGUCGGACAAUCGCAUCACUGCCACGGACUGCAUAAAUGGAACCCUCCUGGAACAUGACACCUUGCCCGCUCCCUUCAUGAACUUCACCCAGUUUUGGGCCAUCUAUGAGAACAGCACCAGGUCGGUGGAUCCCGAGCAGAGGUACCUGCCCAACCAGGCCAACCUGACCAUCUACAGCUGGAAGAAACUGUUCAUCAACCUGGAGGGCUGCGUGAACACACUGCGUGGGGAGUGCAAGGACUUUGUGGCUCGCUAUGGCAACGAUGGCGAUAACAACACCGCCCAGUCACGCUACCAGUGCUACUAUAACAAGGACUCGAAUGUGGAGUUUGUGGUUGCACGCUACGAUUUGGACAAGGUUUACAGGGAGCUUCUAGUCUCGCUGAUUGUGCCCAUUGUGCUCUUUGUGAUCUCAUCUAUAUCGUUAUGUAUCAUCACCAAAUCCGUCAAGGUGGGUGACGAUGCCAAGAUGCGCUGUGUUUGUGCCGGCGAUGAUUCAGAUAAUGAUGGCCCCUUUGGCCCAGGACUAGCAAACAAGCAGCAGGAUCAGAUGUACGAUACAGACGACGAUGUAGUUGACCUGGAGCACCAAGCGGUGGAUGGUCAAGAACUAUCGGACCACGGACUUCCGCUGGACAACCAAGAGCUAAUCGGUAGCACCAAGUCGUUGAUACCAAUCAGUCCCGUCGGAGAAUCCGGAACUAGUGAUCAAAUCUUUGACCAGGAUCAGGAGAAAGCAACUACGUGCGAUGUUCCCGAGAAACCACUAGUCAUACUAUAAGCGGAUUAACCGCAUCGAAAGAAGGAUACAAAACAGCACCAAACUUUAAGGACCUGUGCAUUGUACAAGGGGAACUGAAUUUAAAUUCUAAUCAGCGCAUUUAUACAACGUUUACAACAACUAACAGAUUAAUGAAACGGAUCUUUACUUUGCUUGGUUGAAAAAUGAUAAUCACACAUAUAUAAAUACUGGACAUAUAGCUCCCAGAUGAACAACGAUGGGAUGGCCGAGCUUUAUAUACCCGAUCCCCACUCUAACCGUUGCAGCAGAUGGGCCUUAGACAUAGUUGCAUUUAUAUAGAGUAUAUAGCAUAAACCAACUGACAUCUGCUGAACGAAACCAAAGAAGAAAACACCAGGACAGACCAAGGAUAUAGGCAUCCGACUCGCCUUAACUCUCGACUUUGUAGCUAUGCAAUAUUCAGCGAUUUCUUAAACUAGUUUAACCGGUGGAGCAAUAGUACCUACUUAUAUCUGAUAUACUUAUACUCGAAUUAUAGCAAAUAAAACACCAUUUGGAAUUCUCUCUAC